AUGGAGGAGUGUCCGCACCGAGAGAUGGACAUUGUCUUCCUCAUCGAUGGCUCGGGCAGCAUUGGCCAAAUUGACUUUAAGCAGAUGAAGAACUUUGUCAGAGCCGUGAUGGGCCAGUUUAAGGGCACCAGCACCCUGUUCUCGCUGAUGCAGUACUCCAACAUCAUGGAGACCCACUUCACCUUCACCCAGUUCCAGGCCAGCCCGGGCCCUCAGAGCCUGCUGGAGCCCAUCGUCCAGCUGAAAGGACUGACCUUCACAGCCUCAGCCAUCCAGAUGGUGGUGAAGGACCUAUUUCACAGUAGGAACGGGGCCCGCAAAAGUGCCAAGAAGAUCCUCAUUGUUAUCACGGACGGACAGAAGUACAGAGACCCCCUCGAGUACAGCGACGUCAUCCCCCAGGCCGAGAGAGCCGGCAUCGUCCGCUAUGCCAUCGGGGUGGGAGGCGCUUUCGAGGAACGGGCCGCCAGGCAGGAGCUGGACACCAUCGGCUCCGCGCCCGCGCGGGACCACGUGUUCAAGGGUGAAACUUUUGCGGCGCUGGGCAGCAUCCAGAAGCAGCUGCAGGAGAAGAUCUUUGCGGUGGAGGGUAAAUGGGGAAAGAGCUGGGGCCUCAGCACCGAAGGUGCCCCCACCCACUUGUCCCCUGCGGGUCUGAGGUCCAUCCCUGGUCACAGCUCACCCCAAACUGAGCCCAAGCCCCAGACAACACCCUUCUUCCUCUUGCUCGGAGCCCUGCGGUCUCUGGCCUCGGGAGCCUUCAGCCGCCUGUCCCACAGGAACCAAUUGGCUCUACUUCGGGGCUCCCUCUGCUCCGUGGACGUGGACAGAGAUGGCAGCUCCGACCUCCUCAUCGGGCUCCCCCAUUACUACGAGCCGACCCGGGGGGGCCAGGUGUCCAUGUGCCCCUUUCCCCGGGGGAGGGCCAGGUGGCAGUGCCGGGCCAUUCUCCGUGGGGAGCAGGGCCACCCCUGGGGCCGCUUUGGGGCAGCCCUGACCGCCAUGGGGGACGUGAAUGGGGACAAGCUGACGGACGUGGCCAUCGGGGCCCCGGGGGAAGAGGAGAACCGGGGUGCUGUGUACCUGUUCCACGGAGCCUCGGGGCCGGGCAUCAGCCCCUCCCACAGCCAGCGCAUCGCAGGCUCCCAGCUCUCCCCGCGGCUCCAGAGUUUUGGGCAGUCGCUGAGCGGAGGUCAGGACCUCACCCAGGAUGGACUGGCAGACCUGGCUGUGGGGUCCCGAGGUCACGUGCUGCUGCUCAGGAGCCGGCCAGUGCUGAGCGUGGGGGUGGCCAUCAGAUUUGCCCCCUCCGAGGUGGGGCAGGCUGAGUACCUGUGCCUGGAAGAGGCGCCCUCCCCCCUGGAAGCCGCGAGCGCCACAGUCUGUCUCACUAUCCACAAAAGCUCACCUGACCAGCUAGGGGACGUCCGCAGCUCCGUCAGGUAUGACCUGGCCUUGGACCCAGGCCGUCUGAUUUCUCGCGCCAUUUUUGAAGAGACCAAGAACUGGACUUUGACGCGAAGAAAAAUCUUGGGGCUGGGAGAGCACUGUGAAAGCCUGAAGUUGUUUUUAUCAGGCUGUGUGGAGGACGUGGUGAGCCCCAUCGUCCUGCGGGUCAACUUCUCCCUGGUGGGGCAGCCCAUCCCCUCCGCCCAGAACCUCCGCCCCGUGCUGGCUGUGGGCUCCCAGGACCUCUUCACUGCUUCUCUCCCCUUUAAGAAGAACUGUGGGCAAGAUCACCUCUGUGAAGGGGACUUGAAUGUCAACCUCAGCUUCUCAGGCCUACAGGCCCUGGUGGUGGGAAGCUCUCUAGAACUCAACAUGACAGUGGCUGUGUGGAAUGAGGGUGAGGAUUCCUACAGAACUGUGAUCAACUUCUACUACCCAGCAGGGCUGUCCUAUCGACGAGUGCUAGUUACUCAGCAACCCCAUCAGCGCCCACUACACCUGGCAUGUGAGGCAGUGCCCACAGGGAGUGAGAGCCUGAGGAGCAGUAGCUGUAGCAUCAACCACCCCAUUUUCCGAGAGGGCAGUAAGGGCACCUUCAUGGUCACAUUUGAUGUUUUCUACAAGGCCACCCUGGGAGACACGUUGCUUCUGAGGGCCAAUGUAAGCAGUGAGAAUAAUAAGCCUACAACCAACAAGACCACCUUCCAGUUGGAGCUCCCAGUGAAAUAUGCCGUCUACACAGUGAUCAGCAGGAAGGAAGAAUCCACCAAGUACUUCAACUUUUCCACUUCUGAUGUGAAGAGCAGGAAAGAAGCUGAGCAUCGAUAUCAUGUGAAUAACCUGAGUCAGCGGGAUCUGGCCAUCAGCGUUCACUUCUGGGUUCCCGUCCUGCUGAACGGCGUGGCUGUGUGGGAUGUGGCUGCGGUGGCCUCCUCACAGAAUCUCUCUUGUGUGUCAGAGAUGGAACCUCCCCAGCAUUCUGACUUCCAGACUCGGAUUCCAAGGAGUCUUGUGCUGGACUGCUCCGCUGCUGCCUGCCGGCGGUUCCGCUGUGACGUCCCCUCCUUCGGCACCCAGGAGGAACUGGACUUCACCCUGAAGGGCAACCUCAGCUUCGGCUGGGUCAGCCAGACUCUGCAGAAGAAGGUAUCGGUGGUGAGUGUGGCAGAAAUCACGUUCGACAGAUCUGUGUAUGCCCAGCUCCCGGGCCAGGAGGCGUCUCUGAGAGCCCAGAUGGAGAUGGUGCUGGAAGAGUAUGAGGUGUAUGACCCUCUGCCCCUCGUGGUGGGCAGCUGUGUGGGAGGACUGCUGCUGCUGGCUCUCAUCACAGCGACGCUCUUCAAGCUUGGCUUCUUCAAACGUCGGUAUAAAGAAAUGAUGGCUGACAAGCCUGAAGAAGCUGCCAUAUUCAGCGGGGAGGCCCCCAGUUUGCCUUUGUCCUAAUAGUCUGCCUCUCUGUUUAUUUCUCCCCCAUGGGCUGGUCUUGCUGAGCCUCUAAACCCACUUCCCUGGGGAUGACUUCUGCCUAGAACGGACUGGCCUGAGGGACUCCCCGGGCGCCACACCCCCUCCCCAGGGCCUUGCCAACCUUCAGUGAGAGGCCCCUUUUACCCAAGCAGGCCCGAGGCCAGCAGGGAUUUUCUUGUGUGUGAGAAUUGCCACA